GCUAUGCGUCACAUGCAACGUCAGGAAGACCUCUUCACACUCACCAAUACUUUGCGCCCGCGGUGGCGCGAGGUUCAUGGCAUCGCGUUGCGCUACAUCUUUGAAAACCUGCUACCGCCCCAGGGUUUGCUGCAGAACUCGAUCGCCAAUGGGCCAGAAAGUCGUUGGUGUCGAAUGAUCCGCUCGAUGAAAUCUAUCAUGCUCGUUUGCAAGUCGUGGCAUACAGCAGCGUACCCACUGCUGUAUCGCGACAUUGUCCUUCGUCGAGUCGGUCAGGUCGCUGCGUUUGCGAGAACUCUCCGUUCUUCCCCAGGCACAUUUGCAUACUAUGUACGCAGUGUCACGAUCACUUGCGGGAUCCCGGACUCUUGGAAACGCGUAACAGGCCAGAGUCUGGCGUACAUUGCUCAGCAAUGUCCCAAUCUCACGUCACUCUCUUUUCGAGCAGUGUUUGUUGAUCGUGACCCGGAGGCUCACACACCACUACAAGUCCUGCAUACCGGCUUAACACCAUUGACCGUACCUAACAACAUCACACACCUUGGUUUGUUCGACGAGCGACAAUUUAGUAAAGAGUACAAGCCACCGUUCUCGUCCUUAACGCCACUGCUUAGUUGGUGCGCCCAUCUGAUAUCACUAUCCAUCUCCGCAUCCUCGCUGCCUCUCCCGGGCGAUGAUUUAGUCUUCCAAUUUUCACAGUUGGAGACCUUGUCUAUCUGGUCAUACCGUGAAAGUGGAGACAACGUCGAGAAUCUUCCUCUGUCAUGGGAUAUGCCGAAGCUAAGUGCGCUUCGUUUGAAACCUGCAGUCUGUUUUAACCAGACGUCCGGUGCAAGACUUGCAAGCUUCUGUCGCAAGUACGCACAUACACUCACGCAUCUAGACUUUGGAGGAGACAGAGACUUUGCGCUCUCACUGGAGACGUUGGACCAGCAAUCGACGGCGGCCUCUCUCUGCCCCAAUCUCAGACACCUAGUUUUGCGGGUGUCGGAAUGCCACACCUAUUCCUUGGAGGAGGUUUGGUACCGCAUGAAGCAAUCGUAACUAUGGUCCAAGGAAGUAGAGCUCGUCGAUGUGACAAUCGAACCUCUGGCGGAUCUUGCACUAAAAUCGCUACAAGCCCUUGUACGCUGUUCGGCGCGGAAGCGCGUGCGAUACCUUGACAUCGACCUGCUCGCGUGGAUGCCUGAGCUGCCAUACCUCUUCCCCGUAGCGGACCAUGUAGCAGAAUGGCCGCGCACCAUGGAUUGCUACGGUCUCAAAAUCAAAGAGACGGCGGAUUGCUUGGUCUUGGAUGCGGAAAGCUGGGACAACGCGUCGCCCGGGUCGACACCAGCCGCUCCCGAAAUCAGCUUCGAAGACGAAACCAGAAGCGAUGAUGGAUCUUCGACAAGUGGAUCUGAAUAUCAGUCUUCGAGCUCUGAACCAGACGAAGACUUCCGUAUGGACGAGCAUGAGACGGAUCAAGAGACGGAAGAAGAGACGGGCGAGUAUGAGACGGAAGAAGAGAUGGAAGAAGAGAUGGAAGAAGAGACAGACGAAGGGACGGACGAAGAGCCAGGCGAACUGACGGACGAAGAAGCUUUUGACAUCUAUUCUAACACUCGAUACAGAACGAAUGCGGUACUGCUGUCUUGGUUGAGUAUUGCACUGGCUCCUCUUUCCGCUGGCGCAUCCGACUCGACUCAAAUGACUGAUGAUGAGGGAGAAAGC